UCGUCUCUAUUCGAACGGUUCUCGGCGUCGAUUCCUCUUGGACGACGCGUGGCGGAGUCGAAGGGGAACGGACGAGGAGGGAGGAUGGGGACGGGCACGGAGGAGCCGAGCAGCAGCGGGGGCGGGUCCGCAAGCCGCGCGCGAGGGCUCGCCGUGAAGGCGCUCGUACUGCUGGGCGGCGCAUUGCUGCUUAAGUGGCUGAGGAAGUCCACCACCCGAUGGGAUCACGCCCGCGCCGUCGCCGAUUCCCUCAUCGGAGAGAAGUUCUCUCGAGAGCAGGCUCGCAGGGAUCCCGCUGGCUAUUUCAAUAUGAGAACGCUCACAUGCCCAGCGACAGAGAUGGUAGAUGGCUCAAGGGUUUUAUACUUUGAGCAGGCAUUUUGGAGAACUCAUCAGAAACCUUUUCGACAAAGAUUUUAUAUGGUGAAGCCUUGCCCAAAAGAGAUGAAAUGUGAUGUUCAGUUGAGUUCUUAUGCAAUAAGAGAUGUGGAAGAGUACAAAAACUUUUGUGACCGUCCAAAGGAUCAGAGACCACAGCCUGAGGAGGUUAUUGGGGAUAUCACAGAACAUCUAACAACUGUUCAUCUAUCACGAUGUGAACGUGGAAAGCGCUGUUUAUACGAAGGUUCAACUCCACCCAGCGGCUAUCCCAAUUCAUGGAAUGGCGCAUCAUACUGUACGUCUGAGCUUAUAGUUCACAAGAAUGGUGAAGUGCAUACUUGGGACAGAGGCUAUGAUGAUGAAGGCAAUCAGGUCUGGGGUCCAAAGGCAGGUCCUUACGAAUUCAAACCUGCAACACCACCGUCAAGCUACGACUACAUGUUUUCACCUUUGAACUUACCCUCUGUGUUGGCAUUGGAGAAGACAUGCUUUCACCUUUGAACUUACCCUCUGCAUUGGCAUCCGAGAAGACGACGGAGAUCUCUUUUGCAGUCGGGUUCAUGAUGUAAUCCUGUUGGCAUUUAAAAUUUUAUUCUAUUUUUCAAAUAUUUGUUCUCCUCACGAACGAAAGAACGUUCCGAGAACACUGUUGAGUUAACCGCUCAGCAUGAGCGAGAGAUGCCCGGUUUGGGAGAAUCUCCACCU